AUCGGAAGCGAUUCUCAGCACCUGAUUGUCUUCCCCGCAGUCGCCGGCUCUCUGACCAACAAGAAAGACGAAUAUCUCUUCGACUCAAUUCCCGGCAAAGGCUUUGAUUGCGGCGAUAGUUUCGAUGAGGACUUCGAUGUGGACGCUGUGAUCAACGAACAGGAAGAAGAGUCGGCUCUUAUGCAGAAUUGUUACGCAUCUCUUGUCGAGACACUGAGUCAACAAAAUCCGCAAUUGAUUUCGCAAACGAAGACAUUUGUUCACGAAUUGCGUCGAAUCACUGUUUUGUGGGACGAGGUUUGGAUCGGAACUCUUAUCAACCAUUUGGGAGAACUCAAGAAACAGAUCACUUCUUUCGAGACAGAAAUUGACAAAAUUAAAGGCAAUCAUCUGUUGACUGAUGAGGAGAAGGACCUCAUUAUCAGAGAGAAACACAACAUAGUGUUCCGACGAGUGAUCUAUUUCUUGGAAUUGACUCAAUUGAUUACCAGCGAAGCCCCAGAAACGCCUCACGAGUCGUGGUUUCAGAGAUGUUUCAGUAAAUCAAUUGCCGACACUAUUAAAGUUCUUCAGUCGCCACCAGAUCCGUCGCAACCGCAACAGAAUUUAGUCGCUUAUCAACAGUUACUGCAAACAAUCCAAAAGAAAGCUAUUAUGGCAUCCAAUGGACGCUCACAACUGGUUAUGGAUAAUAUCAGUCCCGUUUUGGCCGCACUUGAAAACACCGUAAUUCCCAUGCCGGGCCUUAAUGUCCACUCGCGGACCAUCGGUUCUAACAUAACGAUACAACGCGUUUGCAGAACAGUUACCACUUUACACACGAAGACUAAACCUAAGAAAAUUGUAUUCUUUGGGUCCGACGGAAGGGCUCACACUUAUCUCUUCAAAGGACACGAAGACUUGCAUUUAGACGAACGGAUUAUGCAAUUCUUGGCGAUUGUCAACAAAAUGAUUGUUAAAUACCAUAACAACAAACAGGAAAGAGUUCACUAUAGGGCCCGACACUACUCUGUCACUCCGUUGGGCAAUAAGUCUGGACUGAUUCAAUGGGUCGAUGGCGGACAAGCCCUCUACGGCCUCUACAAGAAGUGGAUUUUGAAUCGAGAUAACUCUCCGCCCAAAACUGGUCAAAACCAAAAUACGACUAUUACUGGACUCAAUGACAACGCUUACAAACCGUCAGAUAUUUUCAACAAAAAGUUGGCCGCGAAAGGAGUGAUUGGAACGAAUCGAAGCGAAUGGCCGUCAAAAGUGUUGGUUCAGGUGUUGGAAGAGUUGGUCAAUGAAACGCCUGUCGAUCUCAUCUCGAAAGAGUUGUGGUGCGCGUCAGUCAACCCAUACGACUACUGGCGCUUAAAUCAGACCUUUACCUAUUCUAAUGCCGUUAUGUCUAUGAUUGGGUAUAUCAUCGGUUUGGGUGACAGACAUCUCGACAAUAUUCUGCUUGACUUAAGCACCGGUGAAGUCAUUCAUAUUGAUUACAACAUAUGCUUUGAAAAGGGAAAGACUCUUCGCGUGCCGGAGAAGGUGUCGUGUCGUUUGACCCAAAAUAUGGUCAACGCUUUCGGAAUCACUGGAAUUGAGGGAACGUUCCGAAUGUCUUCGGAACACAUUCUUCGAGUGCUUCGUAAGGGAAAGGAAACUCUUCUCACACUAUUGGAGGCCUUUGUUUACGACCCGCUCAUCGACUGGACACCAGAUCACGAGGAAGGCUAUACGGGUGCCAUCUAUGGCGGCGCUCGCAUCUCGGAGUUGGCCAAAGAGGGGAAACUCAUUUCCAAACACCAAAUGGAAAAAGAGAAUUCAGAGGCUAUUCAUAAACUCAACGCUCGGAUCAAACAAAUUGAAAGACAGAAUAAUUGGCCCAAAAUUUCUGCCGAUAUGUCUGCGAAUAGAGCUGAGGGCCAAAUGAACGCAUUGGAAGACAUCACUCGCAACGACUCGGCUCUCGUAAGCGCUGCCAAAUUUGUCAACCAUUUGAAUGGAUCGGAGAACGAGAAAUCAAAGCAUUCUUCGAGCGCUAAGAACUCAUCGUCUGUUAAACGCAAUACUUAUGCGACAAAUGUGUGGAAAAAAGUCAAAAUGAAGUUGGACGGCAGAGAUCCGGAUCAGAACAAGAAGUUUAGUGUCAUAGAGCAGGUCAACAAUGUCUUGAAGGAAGCCAUGGACGUUGAGAACUUGGCGCUCAUGUACGAAGGCUGGACCAGUUGGGUGUGAAAUGACACUAAAUGAGAACAACAUUGGGUUCAAAGCUGCUAAUCUACAAAAUCAGUAAUAAUCUGGUUUUCAACACAAAAAACGAUUAAACGACCAAAACAUAAACAACUGGUGCCCGACCUCUGGGUUUCCAUCCAAACGACUCGCCAACAGAAUCGGAAAAACACUGUUUAUUUGGUCUAAAUAUCGAUUCCAAUAAUAAUAAUAUUACAAUUCAAAUAAAUAUAUAAAAUCCAUAAAACAAAUGGUUAGACAAACACAGAGUGAGAGAGUGAAUCAAUAAUGACUACUCGAUUGGAUCGCUCUCUCCUUUAUUAUCAGAUUUAAAUUGUUAUUUCAUUUUUCACUUAACGCUUGUGUUCUUCGAGACGU